AUGACAGGAGGCUUUUCAGGCCACGCCGGCAGCAUCAUACGAGGCUUAGGUGACUUAGACCGCCGACUAUGGGAAUCAGUUCAGGACGACUUGUUCCUGGAUGAAGAUGAUGAGCAGUCACGGAUUGAGGUCUUUCCGGCCGAUCUCCUCCUGUGCGGUCGUAACUGCUGCAACUCCAUGUCCGCUGAUGGCAGAUCGAAGUGCGGUGAAGGAAGAACAGGAACCGACGAACGUUUGAAAGUCGAGACUUACGACGCUUUCAGCCAUGAUGGUACCCCCUUCCUAGAGUUGACCGCACUCUGUUCCGCCCAAGGCCUCUUCGACUAUGUCAAGAAGUCCCCCAAAUGCCGGGCAUUUUUUCUACGCCAGAGGUACUCAUGGGGCCCGCUGCUUGUCACAAGUAGCCUUUUCCACGAACUGAUUCUUCAAGGUCGCCUGUCGGCCCAGCUGAAGAAUUUCCUUUUGUGCUUUGGGACAAGAGAGCGCGAGGUCGAGAUUGCGCCUCCGGCGCUGAGGUUCAUGCCGUCAUCAGCCAAGGCGACAAACCUCGAUUGUAGCCACGAAUGCACAUAUGGUCUGCGCUUCGUCGAAAGCAACGGCCGCACCGAUCUGAAGACCCCAUCGAAGGCGUGGUCUCUUCGGCAGUGCGCCAUCUCAUGUCGCUACACACCCAACGAGGACGGAAUUUCAUGGGCAUUCAUUACCAUCUCGGGGCAAAUGCAGCAAAGGUUGCACUUGGUGGCGCUUGAAGGAGGUUUCCGUCAUAACACUGAUCCAUUUGAGGUUCAUCAACUCGUCAUUGAUUCUGCGAUCUCAAGCUGGAGGCAAUACCUGAUAUGUCUAGCGGGCGAAACCGAUACACAGUAUGCUCAAAUAUUAGGGACAUCACCCGUUAAUAACUGUCCCGUCAGUUUACACGAAUCUGGCAGGCGGCAACAGCUUCUGGUACUGGAUGAAAAGCUCCUCAACGCUAUGCUUGCCGUUACUGCAACAACGGACACGAUAUCAGCGCUAUCGACUUCUUGGGAAUCCCUGGUCAGGAAAUGUCGAUCGCCGGAUAUGGACCGUUUCGAGUUGAUGCGUACGAAUUUUGAGCAUCAUCAACGCUCGUUGAAGCUCCUUGAUGCAGAGAUCAUAAGCCUCAGGACUAAACUUGCUGGUGUCACUAGUCUGCUCUCGAGCUUCCUAGACCUCAGCAGCGGCUAUUCUCUCCAAAGACUUGCUCAGGAGUCAGGCAAAGAGAACGAAGAGAUGCGCAGACUGACGGAUCGUAUGCACAAAUUGGCCGAGAAAAGUACGCAAGACGCCGCGGCCGUCAAAGUGUUGACCAUCUUAACACUGAUCUAUCUGCCCGUCACCGUUGUUUCUAAUUUCUUCUCGACUUCGUUUGUCAACUCGACGACUUCUGCGAAUGGGUUUGGAAAUAUAACAGUGACUGGCGACUGGUGGAUUCUUUUUGCAGCCUCAGUGCCACUGACAUUGCUUACCAUCUACAUUUGGCUAGUCUGGACUCGGAUACAAGCAAAUCCCCGCCGACAAGCCUGGUGGAAAUAUGUCCUAGGUAUCCAUCUGUUCGGCGGCAAGGGUGAAAACCGCACAUGUGAUUAUGCAAAUGCAGCAGUGAAGCCGGAGCGCUCUACGUACGUUGGGAUGGCACAUGCUGGAGGGCUGACCGAGGACGAGGAAAUCCCUGCUCAUACGCUUUGCCGGACCUCUUCUGGGCUGUGUCGAGCACCGUCCGCGCAUCGAGAAUGGAAUCGGUAAAUGCAGCUUGUUUGAGCAUCCAGAAUCCCGUUAGCGAAAGGCAUUCUUGAGUAGGGCGCGGG